UGGGUGCCCGGCCAGCCAGCAACCCAUCCGCGGCUUCUGACGACGCAAGUUCGACCUGCAUCCCGCAAGGCACGAUCGCCACUGCCGCUGCCAUCGCCAUCGACGACGACAGCGACAACGACAGCGACAACGACAGCGACGAUCCACAGACGAGCGAGUCAGCUGAGACAAGCGGUGGGUCGCUGCACAUGCGGAUGCCGGAACAUCGGCCACGAGCCUGUCGAUGGCCCUCCCCUCCCGCCUCUGCGAAUGCGACAUCUCGCCUCCGAUCGCCGAGAGCGUCCCGACAGAGUGCACAUCAUCCCGAUCCUGAAGAGUGUCCCUCUCAUCCGACUUUUCCGACACACCCGCACCCAACUCUGCGGCUCUUCCCACAAGCACCAUGAUGCUGUUCUCGGUCCGUCGCUGCAUCUCCCAGCCAAUUGCACGGUCGGCUCGCCCCUGGCAUUCGCCGAGCCUCCGGCCAUGUCCUGCUCCAAGAGCCACUCGGAGCUUUGGAAGCACAUCCUCGAACCUUUCCUUGAAACGAGACGCUUAUGAGAUCCUGGGAACAUCCAAGACGGCCUCGGCCAGCGAUAUCAAAAAGGCGUAUUAUCAGCUGGCCAAAAAGUACCAUCCUGACACCAACAAGGAAUCCGACGCCAAGGAAAAGUUCAUGGAGAUCCAAGAGGCCUACGAGAUCCUCUCAGACGAGAAAAAGCGGGCUCAGUACGAUCAGUUUGGUCCAAGCGGCUUUGACGGAGGAUAUCCGGGAGCCGGUGCCGGAGGCUUCGAGGGAUUCCAGGGCGGCUUCCCCGGCGGACACGCCGACGUAUUCGAGCAGCUCUUCCGCAACUUUGGGGGCAUGAACGGCGCCCGUUCUGGAUUCGAGUCGGUCGCGCAGGAUACGGUGCUUGCAACCCGGAUCACGUUCAUGGAGGCGGCCCACGGCGUCCAAAAGCCCAUCACCUUUCGGGCACUCCGCAAGUGCGGCACCUGCUCGGGCAGCGGUCUGAAGAAGGGCGAGAGUGCAAAGACAUGCACUGUCUGCGGCGGAUCGGGUCGGCGUGUCUUUAUUCGAGGCGGAUUCCACAUGGCCACCACCUGCGACAACUGCGGCGGAAGCGGCAAGUUUGUGCCCAAGAGCGCCCAGUGCUCUCCCUGCGGCGGCUCCGGGCGUGUGACCGAGACCCAGACACUGAACGUCAACAUUCCUGCCGGAGUCGAGGACGGCAUGCGGAUCCGACUGGCUGGACAGGGCGACGUGCCCAUGGAGGGCGAUGGCCCUGCUGGAGACAUCCACCUGCAAAUCACGGUCGGACCCCAUCCCCAGUUCCGGCGGGACGGUGCCGAUGUGCUCAUCAACGUGGAUAUUCCGUUGUCGGUAGCCCUGUUGGGCGGGACUGUGCGCAUUCCCACGGUCGAUGGCGACGUCGAUCUCACGAUCCCGGCCGGCACCCAGCCCGACGAACGCAAGGUGCUGCGAAAGCGGGGCGUUGCCCGUGUGCAAAGCCGCCGCUCCUCCGACAAGGGUGACCAGUGGGUGACCUUCAAGAUCACGAUCCCCAAGCACCUCACACCGGCACAGAAGAAGGCCAUCGAGGAUGCCUUUGGCACCCCGAGCACCGGCGCCGCGGCUGAACCCGAUGCCAAGGAGUCUAGCGAGGCUGAGGACUCGUCGGAGCAGUCGGCCGAGCCAGAGAAGAAGAAGGGCAAAUGGAGCUUUUUCAAAUAGAGGGGCCGCAACCAGAGCCCCAGCCGCCCAUUCCACCAUCUUUUUUGUCAUGUUCCGGUUCAGCUUCAGGCUUCGGAUCUGGACGGAGAGACAACCGCGCUGGCUGCGAGCGGUGAGCGACUCCGGCCGGCCGACACUCUCUCCUCCUUUGACGAAGCUCGCAACGCCUCCCCCCUUCCUCUCUCUCACAUCUACCAAUCUAUCAAUAUAGCUGGCAUUACACGUCAAGUGUACCUUCCUCUG